CCAACACGCCCAUGGUUUCUUCAUCACACUGUGGUCAACGGAUGGGCAAUAUGGUAAUCUCAGCCACCCAGUUUGCAGUUUGUCGAAAAGUAUACGUUGCGUAGCUACACAUGGGAUUUGCAAAUGGGAAGAGAAGAUGGAAAUGGAGUAUAAGCAAGACGAAGCGUUUGAGUUCUCCUACACUGUCUGCUUGGGUUGCCUAACCGUCCCCGUGUUCCUACCAGGAACUGUUAGUUUCUUGCCGGAGUGCGCAAGUCUCAGUUUGCCGGCCUAGUAUAAACCAGUAUCCCUCUUGUUGAAAGAGAGGCGGUAAAUCACACAUAAAGGGACAAUGGUGCUUUUUCCUUCUAUUCUCGACGGAUUGGCGAGAAGUAUGUCAAUCAAGAAAGGAAACAAUUUUCAUAACGAUGUCGGAAGAGAAGCUGCAGAAACAUUGGCAAAGGAAGCAAAAAAGAACGCGUUGAUGUUGAGGUCUUCUGGGAAAAUGAAGUCUGAAAAGUCUGCCAAUUUAUCAUCUGUUUGCUCCAAGAGAGGCAAGAAAGGAAUGAAUCAGGAUUGCUUAAUUGUUUGGGAGGAAUAUGGAUGCCAAGAUGACAUGAUCUUUUGUGGGAUAUUUGAUGGUCAUGGUCGAUGGGGUCACCUUCUUAGCAAAAGGGUCAGGGAAUCACUUCCUGCUUCUUUGUUGUGCAAUUGGCAAGAGACUACUCUUUCAUCCCUUGACAUGAACUUUGAACUCGAAAGGGAUCAAAACCUCUUCCGUUUCGAUAUAUGGAAGCAAUCCUUCUUGAAAGCAUAUGCUGCCAUCGACCAAGAGCUUAAACACCAUCCUGAUAUUGAUUCUUUUCUUAGUGGUUCUACUGCAUUGACUAUUGUCAAACAGGGUGAACAACUCAUAGUAGCAAAUGUUGGAGAUUCUCGAGCUGUAUUGGCAACCAUUUCUGAAGAUGAUGGCAGUUUGGUACCCCUUCAGCUCACAAUUGAUUUCAAGCCAAAUCUACCUCAGGAGGCUGAGAGAAUAAGAAGGUCCAGAGGACAGGUUUUUUGUCUGCGUGAUGAACCAGGGGUGUAUAGGGUGUGGCCGCCAAACGGUCACUCACCAGGACUUGCCAUAUCAAGAGCCUUUGGUGACUACUGUGCGAAGGACUUUGGGCUUAUUUCUAUUCCUGAAGUGAGUCAAAGGCAUUUAACAAGCAGAGACCAGUUUGUCAUUUUAGCAACAGAUGGGGUAUGGGAUGUGAUAUCCAAUCAAGAAGCAGUGCAGAUAAUCUCCUCUACACCGGACAGAGAAAAAUCGGCAAGAAGGCUAGUGGAAUGUGCUGCUCUUGCAUGGAAACGUAAGAAACGAGGCUUUGCAAUGGAUGACAUCUCAGCUAUUUGUCUCUUCUUCCAUACUUCACCUUCCCAGCAAAUUAAUAAUCCACCGGUCUCAAAAUUUUCUGCCAUUAGAAAAUCUGGAUGAUUCAUAAAAGUUGUUGCUUUUUAUGUCCAACAGUAAAAUAUAUUGUAUAUAAAUGUAUUAUACAUAAGCAUUGCAGUCAUUGUAUCUUCUUGAUACACUUUUUUUCUUUUUCUUUUCUUUUGUUUUUUCCCCUUAUAAGUAAUAAGAAAUCAUUGAUGAUGAGCAGCCAGAAAUGUGGUACAGCUUCUCUGUGAAACUCUUCUCAAAGAAGAAAGAACCUGUUUUGAUCUCUAUGAAACUUUCAUAUAUGAUACAUAUAUCUACCCUUUAUUUGUUCAAUAGCAAAAAUGAAUAUUAUAAUUAUC